AUGAAUUCUAGUCUUGCAAACACCACAAAGAAAGGCAAGAAUCAAAUGAAAAGCUCUCAUAGUGCUGAAGCGAAGAAGGAAAGGUCUUGCAUACCUUCAGCUUCAUGCCAAAUUUUGCAGAAGCGUUGCAUUAGAGGAAAUCUGAAAGGGAAACACUGUGAAAUACCAUGCAGUUUUAGUUCUGGAUCUCAUGUCCUAUCAACGGUGAAAAUAUUUGAAAUGGCACGAGCACAAUUACUUCACCAUACGUCCAAGAAAGAGGAUGAUUCCUCCAUUUCUUCUAAUUCACUUAGUGGUCUGUCUCCUGUAGUUUCAGAAGAUUUAGAGCUUGCUCUUUUACUUCAAGCUUCUGCUGAAAUGUUUUCCAAGAGACACUAUGAACGUGCAACAGAGUUACUAAGCUUGUGUAAUAACCUGUCUGCUUCUCCUACAGGCACUCCGGUUCAAAGAGUUGUGCACUACUUUGGUGAAGUUCUUCGAGAGAGAAUUGAUAAGGAGACAAAAUCAAUAACAGGAUUACUACUAGAUAGACCUGGGGAUUUUGAAGUGAAACCAGUUGAUCUUGAAGAGCUUUUAUUGUCUCCAAAGCCUCAUUCAGAAAGACGACUUCAUUUGAUUGAUUUUGGAAUCAGAAGUGGAUCUCACUGGAUAAUCCUCAUGCAAGUUCUUGCGAACCGAGGUGAUUUUCCAUUUGAGCUUCUCAAGAUAACCGCUAUUGGAACAUCUAAACAAAAGGUUGAUGAAACAGGGAAAAGAUUGUCAUCUUUUGCUGCUGAAAACAUGAAGUUUUCCUUUUUCUUCAAGGCAGUGGUAUCAGAAAUGAAGGACAUCAGUAAAGAUCUCUUUGAGUUAGAUACUAAUGAAGUUGUGGCUGUUUACUCAGAGUAUAGUCCUGUGGUGUUUCUGUAUGCUGCACUCUUUGAUUGUUUGGAGACUUUCAUGGGACGAGACAAUCAAUAUAGGAUGGAAUUUGAAGGACUUAUUCUUAGAAAAACCAUUCACAAUAUGAUCAUUUGUGAAGGAGAAAGGAGGAUCUUCCGAAAUGUAAGGCUGAAAGUAUGGAGGGCUUUGUUUGAAAAGUUUGGCAUUAAGGAAACAGAAUUGAGUGAAUCAUCCUUGUACCAGGCAAAUCUAAUGACCGAUAGGUCUGCUCAUGGAUUUUGCACUCUGGAUAUGGAUGGAAACUGCCUUAUUGUUAAAUGGAAAGGAAACUCAAAUAAUAUUUGCUUCAGCCUGGAAAUUUCUCCACGAUUGAUAGAUGCUCUUUCGGGGGCGGGGGUGGCAUGA